CCCCACCUCUCCAACCACUACCUCAACCCCACAAGUAGCUCAGUUCUCGGCUCAGAAGAACCACUCCCUCCAACUGGUCCUCCUCAGGCUACAGCGUCACCAGUCACCAAGCAGAUCAGCCCUAAACAGGUUAGGAGCUGGACUGGACGGCAGACAAAUACUACAGAGGCGCCCCCUGGAGGGAAGCGGAGCAAGGAGGAGCGGGGCUGGCGCUCCAUCCCUCGUCAGAAAGCAGGGCCGGGGGCGGAGAGGAGCAAUGCACAGGGGGAGUUCUUAUUGUGGGGACCUUCCCGGAUUCGGAGAAGUCCAUACUGGAGUAAGAGGCUCGAGGGACAGCAAAGAGGGAUAGAGAGGGGGUACGGCGUUGGAAGCCCGGCGUCACGGACCAAGCCGAAGAAUACACGUGAAAGCAACCCUUCACCACCCUUCCUCAGGCAGCCCACGACAACUAUAACAGCAGUGGAGUUUGAUGGUGGUGUUGUGGUGGGUUCUGAUUCCCGAGUUUCUGCAGGAGCAGCUGUAGUGAACAGAGUGUUUAACAAGCUGGCCCCUCUGCACCAACCUAUCUAUUGUGCACUAUCUGGUUCAGCUGCUGAUGCCCAGGCCAUAGCCGACAUGGCCACCUACCAGCUGGAGCUUCAUGGGAUGGAGCUAGAAGAACCUCCCCUUGUUCUGCCUGCUGCAAACACAGUGAGGAAUGUCACUUAUAAAUACCAAGAAGAGCUUUCAGCCCAUCUGAUGGUGACUGGCUGGGAUCCAUACCAAGGAGGACAGCUAUUGCUCUGGCCAUGGGCAGGGAUGGCUCCAGUGGAGGGGUCAUCUAUUUGGUCACCAUCACAGCUGCCGGCACCAAACAGGAAAUCAUCCUGGGGAAGGAGCUACCCCAGUUCUAUGAUGAAUGAGGCAUCAUCACAUAUUACUCCAUCUCUUUGAUUUCUAAUAAACUUCUUGUAUUCAGA